AUGCAGCCAAGGUACCACACACCCACUUCUGCGUCCUCGAGUCACAGCGGCGGGAAGCCCGAUAGCCCUGCCGCAGAGUCACGCGAUGCUGUCGACUCAACGCUGAGUUCGUUUGCCUCCCGCAUGCUUCUGCAUGUUCUUUCCGGCCGUGUGCUGGAGACGCAGCUCGACGAGGGCCUGGCGGAGUUGCUGGGGGGCGAAGACUCCGCGGGCCUCGGCAGCGAUGACGGCUCCGACAACUACGACUUUGGCGACGUGGUGAACGCCACUUCCUCAACGGCGGUUUCGGUCACGCCGUCCAUGUCGCUCUCCUCCAUCGCUCGCGCUGAGCGGAUGCUGCAGAAGAGUGUGCCGUUUGUCAACGGCGGGCGUCACAUUGCGCUCACGAAGGAGGACGUGAGACGCAUUCGCGACAAGGAGCUGCUGCGUUUUUUGGAGGCGAACUCCGCCAUGUUCGUCAAGUACCUCCAGCGCCGGGGCGAAGAUGCACCCGCGGAGGCCGAGGCCGAGGCGUCGCCGCCGCCAACCGGCGAGGAACGGGGGGAGUCGAUUGACAUUGAACAGGAGCUGGACACACUGAACCAGAGGAUCGCGACGUUCAUCACGGCCUUUGACAACGAUGGGGGGGAGUAUCACAUAUGCGUGGACGGCGAGGGCAAAGUCCUCGUGCCGGUGACCGCGGACGAGGAUGAAGAUGAAGAUGAAGAAGAAGAGCGACUCAGCGCCGGGGCGGCUGCCGCGGAGGAGAGGGAGCAGGCGGCGGCGGUGGUGGACGAGGCCUCCGUGCGCGUUGCAGGGGCCGCCGAGGAGGAUGCGGGGCGGCGUGAGAGCGACGAGGGCAACGUGGCGGCAACUGCGCCCAGCGAGCGGACGGAGUUGCGUGCUGCGAAGGCGGUGGUGGUGGCGGCGGCGGCCGGUGACACCCCGCGCCCGCGGGGGCGUCUCGGUCGCAGCGUGCGCGUGCGUUCGCCGCCCCCCGCCGUGCCUCCGAUGGCGCUGCCCGCGCCCCCAACGCCCCCGCAGCAGCCCCAACCGCUUGAAAAGCCGAGGGAGGCGAAGAAGGCCGCGGCGGGGGCACGGCGGCGUCCGCUGCCGACAGCAAAACCGCCGUCGCUACCGGUGCGAGGCGUCGGUCUCAACGGGGAGCAGAACCAACGGAUUGAGGAGAUCUUGCGCACGGAUUUUGCAAAAGAGCCGUCACCUUACGCGAUGCCAACGGAGCGGCUCGCGGCGCUGGAGGAGCGACUGCGGUGGUUUCAGGAGGUCCGCGGCCCACUUUGCGCUGACGAGAACGGCGCCACCACCGACGACGGCGACUGCGGCAAUUGCGACGAGGAGGCUUCCCUGUCACCGCUGGGACAGCAAGCAAGUGGGCAGCAACCGCACGUAGAGAAAACAGCUCGCGAGCUUGGCGAUGCGUAUAUGCGUGAGGCCCGUGAGCAACGAAUAUUUCGGUCUCGAAUGCGCUCGAUCAACGCGCGGCUCUCGCAAUUGCAUGAUUCGCUGCGGAUGGAGGCGUUGUGCCCGGCGGCGGGGGUGGAGCGAAUUGCCGGUGUGCCACGCCCUGCUUGGUCGCGCGAUGUGCCUCCGCCGUUGAGCGAAAGUGAAAUCUCCGCCCUCCUGGAGGACGCACGCCGCGAGAACGCCGUUGCGGUGGAAAAGGGCGAGCCGCCGGCAUCGCACGGCGGCGACAGAGAUGUCGCCUACCUGCAGGAGAAGCUGCAACUCGCACUCCGCCGGGCCGAGUCACUCUUGGCGCCGCCGUCCGCUUCCCCUCCGCCAGUGCCGUGA